AUGGCAACAACCAAAGUUUAUGAACGAAAUCUGGAGGAAACACCAACAUGGGCUGUUGCUGUUGUGUGUUUUGUCCUGCUUGCUGUUUCAAUCGCCAUAGAACAUCUUAUUCAUGGUAUUGGAAAGUGGUUCAAGAAGAAACACAAAAAUGCUCUAUUUGAAGCGUUGGAGAAGGUGAAAGGAGAGCUUAUGGUGCUAGGGUUCAUAUCCUUGCUCCUAAGUGUGUUGCAAGAUCAAAUCUCCAAGAUCUGCGUAUCGAAACAAGUUGCAUCCACUUGGCAUCCUUGUGCCAACCCAAAGACCUCAUCAACAUCAACAGAAACUGAGGAUGUAUCUGAUGACAUUGUGAUAAAUUCUAGGAAACUCCUACAAUUGUAUGACUCCAUACCAAGGCGUGUUCUGGCAACAAAAGGGUUUGACAAGUGCGCUGAUAAGGGAAAAGUUGCUUUUGUUUCAGCAUAUGGGAUUCACCAGCUGCAUAUAUUCAUCUUUGUGUUAGCAAUUUUUCAUAUUCUACAGUGCAUUUUAACACUUGCUUUCGGAAGAACCAAGAUGAGAAAGUGGAGGGCAUGGGAAAAUGAAACCAAGACCAUUGAAUAUCAAUUUUACAACGAUCCUGAGAGGUUUAGGUUUGCAAGGGACACAACAUUUGGAAGAAGGCACUUGAACUCAUGGAGUCAGUCAACAAUUUCCUUAGCGAUAGUUAGUUUCUUCCGACAAUUCUUUGGAUCUGUCAACAAAAUUGACUAUUUAACAUUACGGCAUGGAUUCAUCAUGGCUCAUUUGGCACCGGGAAGUGAUGCAAGAUUUGAUUUCCAGAAGUACAUCGAAAGGUCACUUGAGGAAGAUUUUAAAGUUGUGGUGGGAAUAAGCCCAGUGAUAUGGUUCUUUGCGGUGCUAUUCCUUCUGACUAAUACUCAUGGGUGGUAUUCUUAUUAUUGGCUUCCAUUCAUCCCAUUUGUUAUAAUCUUGUUGGUGGGAGCUAAACUUCAAAUGAUUAUAACAAAGAUGGGAUUGAGAAUUAAAGACAGAGGGGAAGUUGUCAAAGGUGCACCUCUGGUUCAGCCAGGAGAUGACCUGUUCUGGUUCAACCGUCCACGCCUCCUCCUCUUUCUGAUUCAUCUUGUGCUCUUUCAGAAUGCUUUUCAACUGGCAUUUUUCUCUUGGAGUACUUAUGAAUUCUCCUUACACUCUUGCUUCCACGAAACAACUGCAGAUAUUGUCAUAAGACUUGCAAUGGGGGUUGUCAAUCAAGUUCUUUGCAGCUAUGUGACAUUACCUCUAUAUGCUCUAGUCACACAGAUGGGUUCAACCAUGAAACCUACAAUCUUCAAUCAGAGAGUGGCAUCAGCACUGAAGAACUGGCACAAUACUGCCAGAAAACAAGUCAAAAACAGUAAGCAAACCACACCAUUCUCAAGCAGGCCAUCAACCCCAGCAUAUGGUAUGUCUCCUGUGCAUCUGCUGCAGAAAAACCUUGCUGGUAAAAGUGAUAGUGCACAAACAUCUCCGAGGACAUCGAACUAUGAAAAUGAGCAAUGGGAUUUUGAAGGCUCACCUUCCACAAGCAACCAUGCAGCAGCUGAAGAAACCGAAAUGCAAGUUAUUGAGCCAGGCUCAAGCUCAGUACCAGAAUUGCCCACUAGCUCUCAGCUUGAAAUCAGAAAUUCGAUCUCUACUGAGCAGAGUGCUGAGUUUCUUUUCCAUGAAUUCUUGCUCGAUAAUAUGUCGGAAUUUCGUUCUGUGAAAGGCAAUGUCUAG